AUGCGUUUGAAAUUACGAACAACUGAAUAUGGUGAAUUUGCUGUAGAUAAUGAAAGUCAAAAUUAUAAAUUACAAAUAUCACAAUUUCGUUCGAACACAUCAACAGCUGGUGAUUCACUUUCAUCAUCAUGGGAUAAUGCUAACAGAAUAUCAUUUUCUAUUUAUGGCCAUGAUUAUGAUAAUUUAUUUUAUAAUAAUUGUGCAUUAACUUAUCAUGGUGCAUGGUGA